CGCCCGUCAUGCCUAAGUCCACAGCGCUUCGGCUUGUUAGCCUCCUUUCCCUGGCCAGUGUGCCGAUAUCUGCCUCCGUCCUUGUGGAAAGUCUCGAAAAGCUGCCUCACGGAUGGAAAGCUGCUUCGGCUCCUAGCCCUUCCUCCCAGAUAACCCUACAAGUCGCUCUUACGCAGCAGAACAUCGAUCAGCUGGAAUCGAGGCUCGCGGCUGUAUCCACACCAAAUUCCAAGACAUACGGAAAUUAUCUGGAUCUUGAUGAGAUCAAUGAGAUCUUCGCGCCAAGCGAUGCCAGCAGCGCAGCCGUGGAGUCUUGGCUCCAUUCUCACGGUGUGACAAAAUACACGAAGCAAGGCAGCAGUAUCUGGUUCCAAACCGAAGUUUCUACAGCAAAUGCAAUGUUGAGCACAAACUUCCACACUUACAGUGAUGCUGCUGGCGUUAAGAAGUUGCGAACUCUUCAGUAUUCAAUUCCGGAGAGUCUUGUGGGCCAUGUCGAUCUCAUCUCACCCACGACCUACUUUGGCACCUCUAACGCUAUGAGAGCUUUGAGAUCUAAAAGCGUGGCUUCAGUUGCUCAAAGUGUGGCAGCCCGCCAAGAACCUUCUAGCUGCAAGGGAACUCUGGUUUUCGAAGGAAGAACGUUCAAUGUCUUCCAACCAGAUUGUCUUAGGACAGAGUACAAUGUCAAUGGAUACACUCCAUCAGCCAAGUCUGGUAGUAGAAUAGGAUUUGGUUCCUUCUUAAACCAAAGUGCAAGCUUUUCAGACCUCGCACUCUUUGAAAAACACUUUGGGUUUUCCAGCCAAAAUUUCUCCGUCGUUCUGAUCAAUGGUGGAACGGACCUGCCCCAACCACCCUCUGACGACAACGAUGGCGAGGCCAAUUUGGAUGUCCAAAACAUUUUGACAAUCGCACACCCUCUGCCCAUCACUGAAUUCAUCACUGCCGGAAGCCCGCCGUACUUCCCAGAUCCCGUUGAACCUGCAGGAACUCCCGAUGAGAACGAGCCUUACUUGCAGUACUUUGAGUAUCUGUUGUCGAAGCCCAACAGAGAUCUUCCUCAGGUCAUUACCAACUCUUACGGUGAUGAGGAGCAAACAGUACCUCAGGCUUAUGCUGUCCGAGUGUGCAACCUAAUUGGAUUGAUGGGACUGCGUGGUAUCAGUAUCCUCGAGUCCUCCGGCGAUGAGGGAGUGGGUGCUUCCUGCGUUGCUACCAACAGCACCACUCCUCAAUUUAACCCCAUUUUCCCGGCAACAUGCCCCUAUGUCACUAGCGUAGGUGGAACUGUGAACUUCAACCCAGAAGUUGCCUGGGACGGUUCAUCUGGAGGUUUCAGCUACUAUUUCUCCAGGCCAUGGUACCAAGAGGAAGCAGUUGGAAACUACCUAGAGAAGCAUGUCAGCGCCGAAACAAAGAAGUACUACGGGCCUUAUGUCGAUUUCUCUGGACGUGGCUUCCCUGAUGUUGCAGCUCACAGCGUGAGCCCCGAUUAUCCUGUGUUCCAAGGCGGCCAGCUCACUCCUAGCGGAGGCACUUCUGCGGCUUCUCCCGUCGUAGCCAGUAUCAUUGCCCUUCUGAACGAUGCACGCCUCCGUGAAGGCAAGCCCACACUUGGGUUCCUGAACCCGCUGAUUUACCAAUAUGCUUACAAGGGUUUCACGGAUAUCACAUCCGGCCAGUCUGAUGGCUGCAAUGGCAACAACACCCAAACGGAUGCCCCUCUUCCUGGAGCUGGCGUUGUCCUAGGAGCACACUGGAAUGCGACCAAAGGAUGGGAUCCUACGACAGGAUUUGGUGUCCCUAACUUUAAGAAGCUACUCGAGCUGAUCCGAUAUAUAUAGAGCUGGAGAGAAAUUGUCUUGAUAGACGAAAGUUACCGUUUAAAAUGGAUAACCAUGACGUGGAUAGAUCAGGAUUAAAUAGAUGACUUCUGUAGCUGUUCAUUCAGCUUCAAUAACUCUAGAUUAUGUUACUACAUCUAGUCACUAAUACACGCCUAUGGCUUUAAUGUU